CCGCUCCGAGGCCGGGCCCUCCCCCGCGGUGACCGCAGCGCCGAAGGUGGAAAUGCGGAAGUUUCCAGCGCCGACUGACAGAUGAGGCUCGCGUCCCGCUCGGCGUGCGCUGCAGCGGCUCCGCGGCGCGCCGGGCCCCCGCCGUCCGCGCCCCGCGCCCCUAGAGGCCGACCAGCCGCGCGCGGGCCAUGGCCACGCUGCCGGGCGCAGAGCGGCGCGCGUUCGCGCUCAAGAUCAACAGGUAUUCUUCCGCGGAAAUAAGGAAGCAGUUCACUCUCCCUCCGAACCUUGGCCACUACCAUCGACAGAGCAUCAGUACCUCUGGCUUCCCCUCUCUUCAACUACCUCAGUUUUAUGACCCGGUGGAGCCGGUGGACUUCGAGGGACUUCUGAUGACACAGCUCAACAGCCUGGAUGCGGAGCUCGCCCAGGAGCUGGGGGACUUCACGGAGGAUGACUUGGAUGUGGCGUUCACGCCAAAGGAAUGUCGCACUCUGCAGCCCUCUUUGCCGGAGGAAGGGGUUGAACUGGACCCUCAUGUCAGGGACUGUGUUCAGACUUACAUUCGGGAAUGGCUAAUCGUGAACCAAAAAAACCAAGGCAGUCCGGAGAUUGGUGGCUUUAAAAAGUCUGGGUCCCGAAGAGAUUUUCACAAGACGCUGCAGAAACAGACAUUUGAGUCAGAGUCCUUGGAGGGCCGUGAACCAAGCACACAGGCACGUCCCCGCCACUUAAACGUGCUGUGUGAUGUGACUGGCAAAGGGCCCCUCACCGCCUGUGGCUUCGACCUCCGCAGCCUGCCGCCUGACCCGCGGCUGGAGAACCUCCUGCAGCAGGUGAGCGCCGAGGACUUCGAGAAGCAGAAUGAAGAGGCCCGGAGGACCAACCGGCAGGCCGAGCUCUUUGCCCUGUACCCGUCGGUGGACGAGGAGGAUGCUGUGGAAAUACGUCCGGUGCCAGAAUGUCCAAAGGAACAUCUGGGCAACAGAAUACUGGUCAAGGUGCUGACCCUGAAGUUUGAGAUUGAAAUUGAGCCUCUGUUUGCCAGCAUUGCCCUCUACGAUGUUAAAGAAAGGAAAAAAAUCUCAGAAAAUUUUCACUGUGACCUGAACUCUGACCAGUUCAAAGGCUUCCUGCGUGCUUACACGCCCUCCGUAGCUCCCUCAAGUCAGGCAAGAUCAGCGGUCUUCUCGGUCACCUACCCAUCCUCUGACAUCUACCUGGUAGUCAAGAUUGAAAAAGUCCUUCAGCAGGGAGAGAUUGGAGACUGUGCCGAACCGUACAUGGUUAUCAAAGAAGGUGAUGGUGGAAAGAGUAAAGAAAAGAUUGAAAAACUAAAACUUCAAGCGGAAGCCUUCUGCCAGCGUUUGGGGAAAUACCGGAUGCCUUUUGCCUGGGCUCCCAUAAGCUUAACAAGUUUCUUCAAUGUCUCCACCCUGGACAGGGAGGUAACCGAUGUGGAGUCCAUGGUUGGGAGAGGCUCCGUGGGUGAGCGGAGAACUCUGUCCCAGACUAGAAGGCUUUCUGAAAGAGCCCUCUCCUUGGAGGAAAAUGGGGUCGGAUCCAACUACAAGACCACCACCAUGACCGUCAACAGCUUUUUCAAGCAGGAGGGGGAUCGCCUCAGUGACGAAGACUUAUUCAAGUUUCUGGCUGACUACAAGAGAUCUUCGUCCUUACAGAGAAGAGUCAAGUCAAUUCCAGGCUUGCUCAGACUGGAAAUUUCCCCAGCUCCAGAGAUCAUCAGUGGCUCUCUCACUCCUGAAAUGCUGCCAGUGAAACCUUUUCCUGAAAACCGGACACGUCCACACAAAGAAAUUUUGGAAUUCCCAAUCCGGGAAGUCUACGUCCCUCAUACUGUGUACAGGAAUCUUCUCUACGUCUACCCGCAGAGGCUAAACUUCGCUAACAAACUGGCUUCGGCGCGGAAUAUCACUAUAAAGAUCCAGUUUAUGUGUGGAGAGGAUGCUAGCAGCGCGAUGCCGGUCAUCUUUGGAAAAUCCACUGGCCCUGAAUUUCUGCAGGAAGUAUACACAGCUGUUACGUACCAUAAUAAGUCUCCUGACUUCUAUGAAGAAGUGAAAAUCAAGCUCCCGGCUAAGCUCACCGUAAAUCACCACCUCCUGUUCACCUUCUAUCAUAUCAGCUGUCAGCAGAAGCAGGGGGCCUCCGUGGAAAGUCUCCUGGGGUACUCAUGGCUGCCAAUUCUCCUAAAUGAACGUCUUCAGACUGGAUCCUACUGUCUCCCUGUUGCCUUGGAAAAGCUGCCCCCCAAUUACUCCAUGCAUUCAGCAGAGAAAGUCCCUUCACAGAAUCCUCCCAUUAAAUGGGCUGAAGGACACAAGGGGGUAUUUAAUAUUGAAGUGCAGGCUGUUUCUUCUGUCCACACCCAGGACAACCACCUGGAGAAGUUCUUCACCCUCUGCCACUCCCUGGAGAACCAGGUGACCUUCCCCAUCCGAGUGCUGGACCAGAAGAUCAGCGAGACGGCGCUGGAGCACGAGCUGAAGCUCAGCCUCAUCUGCUUGAACUCCUCCCGCCUGGAGCCGCUGGUGCUCUUCCUGCACCUGGUGCUGGACAAGCUCUUCCAGCUGUCCGUGCAGCCCAUGGUCAUCGCCGGCCAGACAGCCAACUUCUCCCAGUUUGCAUUUGAGUCCGUGGUGGCCAUAGCCAACAGUCUGCACAAUAGCAACGACCUGGCCAAGGACCAGCACGGGAGGAACUGCCUACUGGCCUCCUACGUGCACUACGUCUUCCGCCUGCCGGAGCUGCCGAGGGACCCACCCAAGUCAGGUGGGACCGCCGCCCUCCCUGACCCGCGCUACCACACGUAUGGACGCACGUCCGCGGCCGCCGUGAGUUCGAAGCUGCUGCAGGCCCGGGUGAUGAGCAGCAGUAACCCGGACCUCGCGGGGACACAUUGCGCGGCCGACGAGGAGGUAAAGCACAUCAUGACUGCGAAGAAUUCAGAUCGCAGCUGCAAUCGGAUGUCCUACUAUUGUUCAGCCAAUAACGACGUCCCAGGCUCCACCACAGCCCCGAGGCCGGCCAGCAAAAAGCACUUCCAUGAAGAACUCGCCCUGCAGAUGGUGGUCAGCACCGGGAUGGUGAGAGAAACCGUCUUCAAGUACGCCUGGUUCUUCUUUGAGCUUCUGGUGAAAAGCAUGGCGCAGUACGUGCAUAACAUGGACAAACAGGACAAUUUUCGGAGGACUCGUUUUUCUGACCGGUUCAAAGAUGACAUAACUACUAUUGUUAAUGUGGUCACCUCAGAGACGGCAGCCCUUUUAGUGAAACCUCAGAAGGAAAAUGAACAGGCAGAAAAGAUGAACAUCAGCCUGGCGUUCUUUCUGUAUGACCUUCUCUCACUCAUGGAUCGAGGCUUCGUGUUUAACCUCAUCAAACAUUACUGUAACCAGCUGUCGGCCAAGCUCACCAACCUUCCGACGCUCAUUUCCAUGAGGCUGGAGUUUCUGAGAAUUCUGUGCAGCCACGAGCACUACCUGAAUCUGAACCUCUUCUUUAUGAAUGUCGAUGCUGCUCCGGCGUCCCCCUGCCCCUCCAUCUCUUCCCAGAACUCGAGCUCCUGCUCCAGUUUCCAGGACCAGAAGAUUGCCAGCAUGUUCGAUCUGACCCCAGAGUACCGCCAGCAACACUUCCUCACGGGUCUUCUCUUUACGGAACUGUCUGCUGCUCUGGACGCCGAAGGAGAAGGGAUCAGCAAAGUGCAAAGGAAAGCGGUCAGUGCCAUCCACAGCCUUCUGAGCUCUCACGACCUGGACCCGCGCUGCGUCAAACCGGAAGUGAAGGUCAAAAUCGCUGCUCUCUACCUGCCUUUGGUUGGGAUCAUCUUGGAUGCUUUGCCGCAACUUUAUGACUUUACAGCUGCAGAUGCCCGUAGUGGAAAAAGUCGUGCCAAUGGCUCUGAUGAAGACCAAGAAGGAACCAGUGCAAUUAACCAGAACGUGGCGCUGGCCAUCGCCGGAAACAAUUUUAAUUCGAAGACAAGUGGAACCAUACUUUCUUCCUUGCCCUACAGGCAGUACAACAUGCUGAACGCCGACACGACCCGCAACCUCAUGAUCUGUUUCCUCUGGAUCAUGAAGAACGCCGACCAGAGCCUCAUCAGGAAGUGGAUCGCCGACCUGCCGUCCAUGCAGCUCAACAGGAUCCUGGAUCUCCUUUUCAUCUGCGUCUCGUGUUUCGAGUACAAGGGAAAACAGAGUUCUGACAAAGUCAGUACCCAAGUCCUGCAGAAGUCAAGGGACGUCAAGGCCAGGCUGGAAGAGGCUUUGCUCCGCGGGGAAGGGGCCCGCGGGGAGAUGAUGCGGCGCUGCCGCGCUCCCGGGAAUGACCGAUUUCCAGGCCUCAGUGAAAAUUUGAGAUGGAGGAAGGAGCAGACACAUUGGCGGCAAGCUAAUGAGAAACAAGAUAAAACAAAGGCAGAGUUAGAUCAAGAAGCCCUGAUCAGUGGCAAUCUGGCUACAGAAGCAAACUUAAUCAUCCUGGAUAUGCAGGAGAACAUUAUCCAGGCAAGCUCGGCUCUGGACUGUAAAGACAGCCUGCUGGGAGGUGUUCUCAGGGUGCUGGUGAAUUCUCUGAGCUGCGAUCAGAGCACCACCUACCUGACUCACUGCUUUGCGACACUCCGGGCUCUCAUUGCCAAGUUCGGGGAUUUGCUGUUUGAGGAAGAGGUGGAACAGUGUGCGGACCUGUGCCAGCGAGUCUUACACCACUGCAGCAGCAGCAUGGACGUCACCCGGAACCAAGCCUGUGCCACCCUCUACCUGCUCAUGAGGUUCAGCUUUGGAGCCACCAGUAACUUUGCAAGAGUAAAGAUGCAGGUAACCAUGUCUCUGGCAUCUUUGGUGGGCAAAGCACCAGACUUUAAUGAGGAGUACCUGAGAAGAUCCUUGAGGACGAUCUUGGCCUACGCAGAAGAGGACACGGCCAUGCAGGCCACUCCUUUCCCGACCCAGGUGGAGGAACUUCUGUGCAAUUUGAACAGCAUCUUAUACGACACGGUGAAAAUGAGGGAGUUCCAGGAAGAUCCCGAGAUGCUGAUGGAUCUCAUGUACAGAAUUGCCAAGAGUUACCAGACAUCUCCUGAUCUGCGGCUGACCUGGCUCCAGAACAUGGCAGAGAAACACACCAAGAAGAAAUGCUACACGGAGGCCGCCAUGUGCCUGGUGCACGCGGCUGCCUUGGUGGCCGAGUACCUGAGCAUGCUGGAGGACCACAGCUACCUGCCCGUGGGCAGUGUCAGCUUUCAGAACAUUUCUUCCAACGUGCUGGAGGAGUCCGCGGUCUCUGACGACACCUUGUCACCUGAUGAAGACGGCGUGUGCUCGGGCCGGUACUUCACCGAGAGCGGCCUGGUGGGCCUCCUGGAGCACGCAGCUGAGCUCUUCAGCACGGGAGGUUUGUAUGAGACGGUCAAUGAGGUCUACAAGCUGGUCAUUCCCAUCCUGGAAGCACACAGAGAUUUCCGGAAGCUGACCUCCACCCACGACAAGCUACAGAAGGCUUUUGACUGCAUCAUUAGCAAGGGUCACAAGAGAAUGUUUGGGACCUACUUCCGAGUUGGUUUCUAUGGAUCCAAAUUUGGGGAUUUGGAUGAACAGGAAUUUGUUUACAAAGAGCCUGCUAUUACCAAGCUUCCUGAGAUCUCUCACCGACUAGAGGGAUUUUAUGGCCAGUGUUUCGGGGAGGAAUUUGUGGAAGUGAUUAAAGACUCUGCUCCUGUGGACAAAACCAAGUUGGAUCCUAACAAGGCCUAUAUACAGAUCACGUUUGUGGAGCCCUACUUUGAUGAGUACGAGAUGAAAGACAGGGUAACGUACUUCGAGAAGAAUUUCAAUCUGCGGAGGUUCAUGUAUACCACCCCCUUCACCCUGGAGGGCCGGCCCCGGGGGGAGCUGCACGAGCAGUACCGGCGGAACACCGUGCUGACCACCGGGCACGCCUUCCCCUACGUCAAGACCAGGAUCAGCGUCAUCCAGAAAGAAGAGUUUGUUUUGACCCCCAUCGAAGUUGCCAUUGAAGAUAUGAAGAAGAAGACGCUGCAGUUAGCGGUGGCCGUUAACCAAGAGCCUCCCGAUGCCAAGAUGCUUCAGAUGGUGCUGCAGGGUUCCGUCGGAGCUACCGUCAAUCAGGGACCACUGGAAGUAGCCCAAGUGUUCUUGGCCGAAAUUCCAGCUGACCCAAGACUGUAUCGACAUCACAACAAGCUGAGAUUAUGCUUUAAGGAAUUCAUAAUGCGGUGCGGUGAGGCUGUGGAGAAAAACAAGCGUCUCAUCACGGCAGACCAGAGGGAGUAUCAGCAGGAACUCAAAAAGAACUACCACAAGCUGAAAGAGAACCUCAGGCCAAUGAUCGAGCGGAAAAUUCCAGAACUCUACAAGCCGAUAUUCAGAGUUGAGAGUCACAAGAGAGACUCCUUCCACAGAUCUAGUUUCAGGAAAUGUGAAACCCAGUCAUCACAGGGCAGCUAGGAAAAGCUGUCCUCACGCAUGGAGACCAAGGCUCUGUGACCCUGGAGAAGUACUCGCUGGUACUUAAAGCACAGGACAUUUGCUGCAUAGGAUGGACUGCACUCUCCUUGACGGGACAGUGCCCUGGAAGCCUUAGGAUCCCAGGGACCAUGGGAAUUACACCCAAAUGGGGUCUGACCAGAUUUUGGCCAUCCAUACUGCAGGAUGGGGAGAGUGGAGGGUGGUCAACCAGGGGAGGCUGUGUAUUUAUCAAAGCAUGGUUUUCCACAAUAUCGUACAAAACAAGGCAUAAACAGUACCUCCUGCUGAGUGGUCGGUCACUGUUUACCGGAGAGAUGACUUCCUCUGGCCAUAUGGGAUUUACAGGAUAAACCAGCACUGCCCAUGGGAAAAUGAAAACAUAGUCCACUGUCCCAUUCGGGGUGAACCUCCUGUAUCCCCUGUUUAUGGGAGAGGAGGGUGAGCUGGCAGGAAUGCAAAAACGUGUUCAAUAAAUCCGUGAUGGGAGACCGCACUGGAAAUCCAUCAUCAUGAUGAUGGUUGGAAACCUGGAUCUAGGUGAAUUAUUUGUGAAUUUGGAACCUUUUUGGUAACGGUGGGCUAGUUGUUGUGUAGUUAUUUUUGCCUAAUUGUUACUGUAUGUUAAGUUAAUUGAACAAGCGUUUAUAGAAGAGGAGCCUGGACUUACUGAGUUAAGAGACACCCGGUACUUGGCCGUUUUCACUUCCAUUCACAGGCUUCUCCCGCAACACCUUGCAUUUUUUUUUCCUGUUCCUUCUCGCACCCUCUUUUUCUCCUCCGGCCUGGGACCAAGUUUAUUUUUGUAAAAGGAUAAUAGUUCUGCUUUCAUUUCAGAAUGCCAAGCCGUCUGUCCACAUGUAUAUAUAUCGGCUACAGAGACGACUGAGCUUGGACGACUUCAGACAAUGUACUGUAGGACACAGAUGAACGCCAUUAUGGCUCGAGGAUUAAACCGUAUAUUUUUCAUAUGCCUGAUGCCCUUGACUGGUACUAAAAAUGUAAUAAGAAUGGCAAGCGAAACGUUUUCCUUCGCAACUCGUGUUUCUUAUUUCGACAACUCGCAGCUCUCGCAAAGCACUUUGGAGAAAAGGAAAGUUGCAGUAGGCGUGGUCCUCCCGACAGGGCUGUCCUGGGCCGCGCCUCUCUGGCAACAUUUAAUCUGGAGUUUCUAAGAGAGAGAAGUGCAUUUGGGUAAUCCAGAACUGCUGAGACAUGAAUUUAUAUUCUGAAAGUGAUUUUUUUUUUUUAAUCAUAAAAGCUUACUAGUUCACAUGGCAAACUCUUUGGUGUUUAGGCAUUUGGGGGAAGAACUCUUUCUAAAGGAUAUUAUACCUUUCAUUGCUUUCCUAAAUGAGUACAUAGGAGACACUUUAAUUCCAUAUGCUGUUUGGCGUCUUCUGUGUGGGAGGUUCUGGGUGAGAUUCAGGUCACAUAACAUUGUCCCUGUCCUCCAAAGCCUGCCGCCUUAGAGAGGAGGGAGCACCUCUGUGCACAUAGCCACCACAGAGUUUCUAGAACAGGCAACAGGCCCUACAGAACCGAACCUUUCAUGAGUGACUCAAGGCUACCAAUGUCAGUCCUACCAACAUCUAUUCUAUUUUGCCCUCAAAUAGUAAGUGGUAGUUGCUAAGCUACCUACAGCUGUCUUUUAACUCCAAGAGUCCUAAUAGUCCCAAUGAACUAAGAUACUCUUGAUUAAAAGUCCCCUGUGUUUAGCUA